AUGCCGACAAUUCUAGUUCGGAUCAGUGUGGCUUGGUGCACCGUCUUAGCCGACGGUUCUGUUGUUGCCGGAGUACUCAGGACAGUUGCGGAAACCCUAUAUUCUACAAGGAUUGGAAUGAGUUCGAUCUCUGGAUUAGGAGAAGUUGUUGUUGAAGAUGAAAUUAGUUCCUUCUUCGAAUCGUCUCCACCUCUGAAGAACAAUGAUGAGAUUGUAGAGAAGCUCAAUCUGUUCAUCAAUAACUAUUCAGGAGGUAGGAGGAUCGUAUGUGUUACUUCAGGUGGUACUUCAGUGCCAUUGGAGCAACGUUGUGUAAGGUAUAUCGAUAAUUUCAGCUCCGGAAAUCGAGGUGCUGCGUCUACUGAGAAUUUUGUGAAGGCUGGAUAUGCUGUGAUAUUUCUCUAUAGGAGUGGAACUUGCCAACCUUAUUGCCGGUCUCUUCCUGAUGAUCCAUUCCUCAAAUGCUUUGAGUUUCCAGAUAAGACUAACAUUCAAGUUCAUGCAUCACAUUUGGAAGCUGUGAAAAUGGCUGUUAUGGACCAGCAAGCUGCUAUAGCAGAAGGUCGUUUACUUAAACUCCCAUUCUCAACCAUAUACGAGUAUCUCCAGAUGUUGCGGUUGAUUGCAACGGCAUUGAAAGGUGACGGUCCAAAUUCAAUGUUUUAUCUUGCUGCUGCUGUAUCUGACUUUUAUGUGCCAUGGAAAAGCAUGACCGAACACAAAAUACAAUCAGGAGCUGGUCCUUUGGAUAUAAGACUAGCUCAAGUCCCUAAAAUGCUUUCAAUCUUGAGAUCAAAUUGGGCUCCAGAAGCUUUCUGCAUAUCAUUCAAGCUUGAGACAGACUCAAAGAUUCUGAUAGAGAAGGCUACAAAGGCUCUAGAAAAAUACAAAGUGCACGCGGUUGUAGCCAAUGAGCUAACAACGCGUAAGGAGGAGGUUGUGGUUGUUUCGAGCAGCAGUAAUGUCUUGGUGAGACGCGAUGGCGAUAAGCCUGAAUCUAUUGUUGAAGACAACCUCAUUCUCCUUAUCGUAGAUCGACAUACAACAUACAUCAAUGGAUUUCAUGCUUAG